ACCCAAAUCCUAAUUUUUUUUUAUAAAAAAUGAAAUUAAAAUGAUGACACUUGUUAGAUGUCUCUGCAUGAACCAACACUUGAUUGUCUGUCCUUAAAAAAAAAAAAGACACUUGAUUAUCUGCAGCAGCACCACCCCAUAAACCCAAAUCCUAAUUUUUUAAAGAAAAAAAGAAAAUCAGAAUGAAACCCAUAAAAUUCCCAUCUUUUUCCACUUCUUCUUGAUUAUCUUCUUGAUUAUUAGUAAUAUCUGAUUUUUUCACUUUUUUCUUCCUGUAAAAAACUCUCACUUUCUUGAGUUUUUAGGCCUCUCUAUUGAAUCAUUCAGCCUCAACCCACAAAAAUGAGAUGGGAAAAGUUGCAGGUAGAAGAAGGUGUUGGACCUGGGAAGAGGUGGGGCCACACCUGCAACGCCAUUAAAGGAGGGAAGCUUCUCUACGUUUUUGGAGGGUAUGGAAAAGAUAACUGUCAGACUAACAAAGUUCAUGUCUUUGACACAGUUUCUAGGACAUGGAAUGAGCCGGCGAUGAAUGGUGUACUACCUGCCCCGAGGGACAGCCACAGUUGUACCACAGUGGGAGAUAACCUUUUUGUAUUUGGGGGGACUGAUGGGAGAAGUCCUCUUGGCGAUUUGCAAAUAUUGGACACCUCAUCAAAUACAUGGAUCUCACCAAGUGUCAGAGGUGAUGGACCGGCACCUAGGGAAGGCCAUAGUGCAGCACUUAUUGGUAAAAGACUCUUCAUCUUUGGUGGAUGUGGCAAAUAUGAUGGUCUUGAAAAGUACUAUGAUGAUGUUUACAUAUUAAAUACAGAGACAUUUUUUUGGAAACGUGUUGAGCCAUCUGGUACUCCACCAAGUAAGCGAGAUAGUCAUACCUGUUCGUCUUGGAAGAAUAAAAUCAUUGUGAUUGGUGGUGAAGACGUUUCUGAUUACUAUCUGUCAGAUGUUCAUAUACUUGAUGCAGAUAGUCUUGUUUGGUGCAAGUUGAACACCACAGGCCAAUUGCUGCCACCUCGGGCUGGACAUACAACUGUUGCCUUGGGCAAGUACUUGUUUGUGUUUGGGGGUUUCUCUGAUGAGCAGAAUCUGUAUGAUGAUGUUUAUGUUCUUGAUAUGGAGAAUGGUGCAUGGACCAAAGUAAUGGCUACUGGUGAGGGUCCUUCUGCCAGAUUUUCCAUGGCUGGGGAAGUUUUGGAUCCAUAUAUGGGAGGUGUGCUUGUAUUCAUGGGUGGUUGCAAUAAGAAUCUUGAAGCUCUGGCAGAUAUGUAUUACUUAUACACAGGGCUGACUAGGGAAUAUGGGCGAGAAGAGAGAAGGCUGGAGAAGCUGUCUAUGAGGAAACAGCUGAAGUUGAGAUGUCAAGAACAAAAUCCUCUUGUAACAGCUGAGGGUAUUGCUGCUACUCACCAGCCUAUGCAUGUCACUAGUUAUGUCCAACCAAACUUACAGAACAUCCAUCAGAACCAAUACCAGACUGCUGGUGGGAAGAAGACAUUUGAAGCCAGGGUUACUAAAAGCUUUGCAGAUGGCUACACAAUUGAAACUUUUAUCGAUGGAAAGCCUCUUCACGGAUUAUUGUUUCGCAAUAAGCCAAUAAAUAGCAUGGAAGUCGAUGAUUCUACUAGGAAAGUAGCAGCUGUGGAAACUGAUGGAGCUACGGUAAAUGGUGAUCAAACCACAUCAAAUAUAACAAGACCCGUAGAGCAUAAAGUCAAAGAUGUUAUACAGGCACAUGGUGUGGUGCAGGAGAAUGCAUGUCCACCUGAGGCUCAGUUGGAAGCUGUUGCAACUGAAAUGAAGAUUCAAGAACCUGCUGAGGCUUUACUGUUCCUUGAGGUUGGAGCUGUAAAGCCUUCAGCAGCACUAGAUGUGAAAAUAAAGACUAAUGGGCUAAAUAAUUUGCCACACCCCAGCAGUGAGUUGCCAGAAGAUUGCGUUUCCACAGCAAAGGAAUGUGUGACUUGACCCUUAAACUAAGCUCUGCAGUAGCUUUUGCACCAAGAUUUGUCAUUUGUUUGUGAUGCCCUUGUCCCGUUGCAAUAUGAUAGGACUUGUCAUCAAUCUUCCUCUGAUGAUGAGCGCACAAAGGAAGGCAUAAAGUUGCUGGAAGGGAGCUACUGAACUUGAUAUGGAUGCACGCAAGGGUGCUUAAGUUUAAUGAAAAAAGAGAAAAGGUUGAGAAGCUUAAAAACCAAAUUUAAAGAAAAUGCAGAACUCUUUGGGAAAUAAACAAUCCUUUGGGUGUUAGCUUUUAGGAUUAUUAUAAAGCAUACACCCAAUAAGGAAUUAUAGUAUAUUGAUAAAAUGUGUAUUCUUGUGACAGAAGUUUACUGCUAAUGACACUUUUCAAGGUUUCUGGAAUGACUGAAUGCCUCGAAUGAAAUGAUCAACAAGAAUAUCUUCUGCA